GUCGUCUUCUUUGUGAGAAAUCAAAAUUCUCUCAAAAACCCUAAAAUUUUCUUCAGAAUUCUUCAGAUCUUCACUCAAAUUUUUGAGAAAAUUAAGAUUGUUGGAGCAAAUGUUCAUUUCCAGAAAUUGGAAGCAAAAUGCGCCUCACCGGCGUUCUAUCAAAGUUAUCUGGAGAUGAUAGCUGCUCAAGAACUCUCCGAAUUUCUUCAAAUGGAGAUUCGCCUCAAAUUUGAAGAAGAAGUUCUUGAAUUCUACAGAAAUGGAGAAAUCAAAUCUGCUAAAUCAAAGAAGGACCCACAGAGAACGUUUCCAGUCAUCAAAUCCACUGUUGGAGGAACCAAAGUGAAGCUCUCGCAGAAGAAAUUGGGAGAAAAGCUUCACCUUCCCAACUCUGGAGCUGAAAUUGGGAAACUUCCAGUCAAAAAUCUGGACUGGAGUGUUAUCGGAAUUUCUGGACAAAUUCCUUCUGGCCCAGCGAAGAAAGCAGAUCUGAACAACGAUUACAAGUUGGUUUUGGAACUGGUCAUUGCUUGCCUCGAGUGUGGAAGUGGAGGGCAUGCUGAUGACAUCACCCAGGAGAGAGCCUUCAUCAUCAACGCUCUAAUUACCAAAUCUAAGGUAAACUGGGCUGCACACUUCUUCAAAUCAAUUUCAAGACAUCUGGGAAAGCACAACCAGAAUUAUCUUUGCCAAGGUCUGUAUAUUGGACACAUUUUGGAGUCUAUGGGUGCUGCUUCUAAAGGGAAAAAGUAUGAAACCAGAUAUUGGCUAUACUACCUAUCUUCCAAAGGAGAAAACAGAGCUAGUGCUAGUGUUACUGCUGAGGAGAGCUCUUUAGACAAUGUCCCACUCAUCCAUUUGGCAAAGACUGCCAAGAGAAAGCAAGUGGUGUCUCCCUCCAUCAGCAUUGAAGCACCACAGAACCUUGCUCUGGUCUGUUUGGAAGAGGAAGAAGAAGUCUCCGACCAUGGAGAACUUCAAAGGAAGAAGAAGAGGAAGAUCAACUCUCCAUCAACAUCUGGAACAGUCAAUCCGGAUGAGUUGAAGGAGAAGGAACCUGCUGAGGAAACCUCUGCCCAAAACCGGAGCCCUCAACAACUUGAAGAAGAAGCUCCUCUAGAUCAAAGCCUUCCAGCCUCAUCUCAGCCUCAAUCAGAUGAUGCUGAAAACAAAUUCUGGCAGCUCUACUAUAAUUGGAGAGCUUGGAAAGUUGGAAAUUCAGAAGAGCAACUGUUGGAUUGGGACCAACAACUGAGAAACCUGCAUAUGGAAUACCUGGCCAACACACCAGUUUCAGACUGUGAAGCAGAUGAAGAAGAUACUGCAGUCUUCAAGCCAGUCUUCUCAAAAUCUGUUCAAGAAAAGGCAGCCUCUCCCCCACAAGAACAAAACCAGGAAGAAACAGCAGAAGAAGAAGAAAUUCAGCAACUAAUCCAAUCUCAAGUGCUCGAGAUCCUCACAACUCCUUGUGAGAUCUCCAACCAGCCAGAACUUGAGAUUCCGGAAAAGUCAGCAGAAAUUCCGGAACAGUCAGCUAUUCCAGAAACCAUGGAGAAAGCUGUUGAAGUGCAAAGAAACUCUGGAGAAGCUGAAAAGGAAACUCAAAUGGCAGAUGUGGAGGUCUCUCAAACUCCAGUAGCCAUUUUUGAAGAACAGAAUGCAGAUGAAGAAAGAGACUCCCUCUCCAGAUAUAUAUCAAAUUUUGCGCUUAAUGAAGCAGAAGGUGAAUCUGAAAGAACAUUGAAGGUCACUGAUGAAGAAGAUAUACAAGAAGAUGCUGAAUCUCUUCCUUUGCAACUCUUCCAAAGAACACUAUCUUCUCAUCAGGUAACCAAUUUUCAUUUCCAUAACUCUUCCACCCCUACCCUUCCGGAUGAGAUACCGGAAAUCUGGACAAAGAAGGUCCAAGGGCUGAUUGAGUCAGCCCUAGCAUCUCAACAUGCCUCCUUUAGGCAAGAGAUAGAGCGAAUGGAAGCCAAGCACACUCAGCUGAUAGAGAAAUCUGAAGAGAAACACAGCGCUGAUCUCAAGGAGAUAAGCAAAUCAGUAGAAAACACUCUAGAGAUCAUCUCUCUAUUGAGUAAAACUAUGAGCAAUACGAUGGAAAUAUAUACCUCUAACAGUCAACUGCAAUUCAAUGAAUUCAACAAAGUCAAGGAGCAAAUAGCAAGUGUCACAGUUGGUCUACAAAAGCAGAUGUCCCUUCUCCAAAUGGACAUCAGAUCAGCCCUAGCAAUAGCUUCAGCAAAUCAGGUAGUAACCAAAGACUACUUGAAGGUGAUCAUUGACAAUCAAAAGGAAGAACACAAAAUGUUCAGACUUCUUGGCGCAAACUCUGGAAAGCGCAAGAUGGAAGUAAUUCUCCAACAACACAAUCCAUCUCCAAUACCCCAGCUCCCCAUUGCAGUCAAAGAAGGAGAAGCAUCUUAUAUCCCUUCUCAUCUGAACAUGACAAAUCUAAUCCUUGAAGCACAGCAAAGAAAUCUGGAAAACUCAGCCCAGCAUCUAUCCAGCUCAGGACUGGAUGGAACAGAAUUUAUAGGUAUAGUUGUUGACCACUUCUCAAAUGAUGCUCAAUCAGAGGAAAGGCGUGAGAAUUUAAGGCGCAUCAAAGAACUCUGUGGAAGCAUGCAGGGCAUCAGUGAGGUUGCCGGAUCUUCCAAGCGCAAGAGAAACUGAAGGUUAUUUUCAUCAAACCAGGGGGAAAGUAUGUGAAAACACUAAUUUCUUUUGAUGAAAACACCUUCUUGUUUAAACAUUGCUUGAUUGGUUUAAACAUUGCUUCAACAAUUCUCUUAAUUGUGCUUAUUAUGCUUGAUUAUGCUUAUUAUAAGUAUGAUGUUGAGAAAUUUGAUUCUGAAGCGCAUACAUUCAGGGGGGAAUGUGAUUCAGGGGGAACUUAACUAGUUUUUGGCUAACAAUUGUUUUUGGCAAUGAAUUAUUGAUAAGCUC